ACGUCUGACAUGCGCAGAACGGCGUGGUGUAAUAAAGCGUGACGGUCAAAUACAUGUGGAUUUGCGUUAUAGAACCUGUUAAUGGAUAAUUUAAAGGCAGCUGGUUUAAUUGUGAUCAGUUAUUUAAGCAAAUUAAUAUUCUUUGAUCUAAAUGACAACAAUGAUGAUGAAGAUAGCGACGAAGAAAUGAUAUUGUAUUUGGACAGAUUGAAAGUCCGCAUUAAUAAUCCAGCAACCAGGCCUCAUCGCAUUGAAGGUUUUAUCGAAAGAGUUAUUGAUAUGUCUACUGCUUCCGAAUUUCAAAGUCACUUCAGAAUAACCGUGACAAGCUUUCAAUGGCUCCUAAAUAGAAUAGCUCCUCUAUUAGAAAGUGCUCGAGCAGCUGGACACCAAACUACAGAUCCAAAAAUACAAUUACUCGCCUUUUUAUGGCUAUUAGCAACACCAGACAGUUUUCGAUCAGUCGGUAGUCGUUUUGACCUAGGAAAGUCUACACUAUCUGCUAUUUUUAUGCGGGUUGUGACUGCUUUGAAUGAAAUUUCUCCAGAAAUUAUAUUUUGGCCAAAUGUUGAACAACGCCAACGCAUAGCACUAUCUUUUCAAGCUUCUGCUGGAAUAGAAGGCAUAAUCGGUGCUAUCGAUGGAACGUAUAUUGCUAUCAAGGCUCCAAGUGUAAAUCCGGAUGUUUACAUUAACAGAAAAUGUUUUCAUGCCAUAACUCGGCAAGUAAUAUGCGAAAAUAGAAUGUCAAUUCUUGAUUGCUUUGCGGGUUAUCCUAGCAGAGUAUCAGAUAUAAGGAUUUUUCGAAAUUCGCCAAUAUACGAAGAAUUCAUGAAUCAUUCGAAUAAUUAUUUUGAUGAAAGGCAAUUUAUUAUCGGGGAUAAAGCAUAUCCCGUUUUCCAAUGGUGUAUACCUCCCUACAUCGAGAGAAGAAAUGUUACCGAAAGACAAAAACAUUUCAAUACUUGCCAUGCCAAGUCUCGCCAAGUAGUUGAACGUUGUUUUGCCCUUUUAUUUGGAAGAUUUAGACGACUUAAAUAUUUAGACAUGAAUCGAACAGACUACAUAGCACCAACAAUAAUUGCUGCAUGCGUUUUACACAACAUAUGUUUAAAUAAUGAAAAAAAUCAAGAAAUACGAGACAUGUUUAUAGAUGAAGGGCUUCAAGCAGUGGUGGAUCAUGCUGACAAUGUUAAUAAUGAAGCAGCUAAUUACGAAAUAAAUGCACAAAAACUGGGAAGAGAAGGUCACGCAUUACGAGACAGGAUCGCAGAAAAUUUGUAUCCGUUUCAAUAA